UUGAACCAGCUCUUUGUUAUUUAUUUACAUUGUACUAUGCCGGAAUUCAUCUCAUAGAACUACUAUAAUGCAAUACAUUAAAUUUAGUUGAUUUCAUUCAUCAGUGAAAACAUGGAAUCGAUACCAGAUGACAUCCAAAGACUGCGAUGUCGUUUGUGUUUUCACGCUGGUUCAAGUGCACAACUCGUUGAAGUUUUUAAUAAAAAUCUAGAUCUAUCCAAACGGAUACUCAGUGCCCUUGGAGUGAAGAUCAAUCGAGGCGAGAAACAAGCUCGAAUAUGUACGGUGUGCGAAACCGUAAUAGAUAUUAUUCAAAGCUUUCAAGCUGUCUGCAAGCAGACCAACCGAUUAUAUCACAAACAUGUAGAAUUUCAACUGUAUGAUAAAUUUUGGAACAGUCAAGAACAAGAGGCUGUGAAUGUAACAGAAAAGAUGAUUUUAAGUCACAGAUCGGAGGUAGAUAAAUUCAUGAGCAAGACUACAAUCAAUUCCUUGAAAAAGGAGACCGACGCCGUGGUGCUGCCGAUUGCGAUUCCAUCUGUUGAAGUACCUGCAGAGGUAGCGAAGGAACAACCCUCGACUGAAGUUUUUGAAACUGAGAUAGUCAUAUGCGAACCUCCAAUCAAGGACGAACCACUGGACAGUGGUUCUCAAAUACAGUUCCAAUCCGAUUUGGAAGUAACGGUUGAAGGUGAAACAGCUGCACUGCCCAUUUGUGAUAUAGAAUCAUCGGACAACGAUCUCAAAUUAGAAGUGGAUUCUUUCUCGGAACCCGAUCAAGAAGAGGGACUAAUUAAUGAAAGUCACAAACCUAAAAAGCAAGGAAGGAAACCUAAGUUAGUGAAAUCCUCCAGUGAUAAAGAAGGAAAUGAAAACAGCAGUUUGGUACCCCAUCGAAGAGGCAGACCGAGACUUAAACCCAUUGAAGACAACGACCAGAGUGCGGACGAAUACGAACCGAAAAUUCCCGGAAAACGCGGACCACGUCGCAAAAAGGUUCGAAAAUCGGAUCCCAGUGUAUGUGACAUCUGCGGACAGAUGGUAGCCUAUUUCGUCAAGGAAUCGCACCACAAUCAGCAUCUCGGGAUACGACCGUACAAGUGCGAUUACGAGGGAUGUGGCCGUACUUAUUUUUCGCAAAACGAUUUACGAACCCACAGCAAGCGGCAUAAGAUCACGUAUCAUGUGUGUGAGAUAUGCGGACGCAACAUCAAAGGGGUGGAAUGGUUUAGACGACAUAUGAAAACGCACACCGAAGUUCCUCAAUUCACAUGUGAAGUUUGCGGAAGUAAAUUUCGCCGGAAAGCUCAACUGCAAACGCAUAUGGUGACGCACACAGGCUUGACACCUCACGAGUGCGAAACAUGUGGCAAACGGUUCGCACUGAAGUACAACUUGGAAGCCCACGUAAAACGCCACCAGAAGAAAGGGGUUGAAAAAGUGCAGAAAAAUGCGUCUGAGAAACGGACCUGGAAGUACUACACGCGGUCAGAGAGUUCCGGACCUAAGCAUCACGUUACAUGUGAAACGUGCGGAAAAUCAGUCCAUAAGCGAGAUAUCGAGGGUCACGUGAACAAACACCUAGAGCGGCGUCCUUAUUCGUGCGAUGUGCCUGGCUGCACGUUGGCAUUCUAUGCACUGAGAGGCAUAAAGGAACACAAAAUGGUGGUGCAUUCGGACAAAGUUUUGCGCUACGAUUGCAGCAUCUGCAACCGUUCGAUUAAGGGCGCCGGAACAUUCAAGAGACACGUUAUUAUGCACAAUUCGGCUAUGAAAGUCGAAUGCCAGCAUUGUGGGAAAAAGUUUACGUCAAAAAGCUAUCUGAAGGCCCACGAGCAAAAACAUUCCGGAGAACGUCCUUUCGUUUGUGAUCUCUGCGGUCGGUCGUUUGCCAUGAAGCCGUGCUGGAAAACGCACAUGAAAAACCAGCACAAUCAGGACUACCGUGAACCAACACGGAUUCGAAAACUGGAUACGGCAGAUGAGCCGAAACAAGCCGAACCACCAACAACGGUAGCAGAUAAUGAUGCAAACGCAGUCGAUAGCAACUCGUUGACUACCCCUUCGCUACCCUUGGAUAGUGAAGAUGUCCAAGAUAGUUUGCCAUAUCAUUCCCAGACUUCAGUUUCGCAGCGGAAAGAACCGCAGAGCCAACAAGAAGUGCCAUCGAUUUCAACGAGUAUUCAGCUCUACGGAACGCCAGAAGCUGUGCAGAUAGAGUAUUCAUAUUGAAGUAUUAUUGUUUGAAUUGGUUACGUACUGCUCAAAUUUUUAAAUAUGAUUUAAAUUAAAUAAAACUAAAACAAAAGAAAACCAGGGUUUGUAUUAUUCGUUAGAAUUUAAACAUUAGACGAUGAAUGUAUACGUCAAUUUGAAUUGUGAUUGUUGACUUGUCAGCAAAGUCUUAGACUUAACCAGCAUACUAAAAUCCUGCCUAAACAGAUCUUCGUCAUCACUGAAGGUAGGACGGAAUUAUCUAAGUUUACGCCUAUCCGAACAACCUUAUGAAUUUCCCUGCAGCUCUAAACAGAUUAGUGGACUAUAAACUAUGAACUAGGAACACAGUUGAGUUAUAGGCAUUGACAUCUAAAAGGCUAUAACACCGAAUCAGCAAAAUAAGAAAAAGCUAUUGGUUAACCUUAUACAUCAUAAGACCUUAACUUGAGGAAAUUUUUGGAUGAUCUAGAACAUCUUUGGAAAUUAGUUUCUUGCAGAACAAUACUCCAUAAACCUGUAGGAUGCUGCACCGCAUCAGUAAUGUAACAAUAGUCCAAUGAUUACGCUUGUAGAUCUUUUGGGCUUCAUUCACGAAAGUUUUUGGAGGACCUAGAACAUCUUUGGAAAUAAGAACAAAGCUCCAUGCCCAAGUAACAAAAUUAAUUUUAUAAUGCUUUUGAAGUAUUCUUCAACACCUGUUCUUUAAAACCAUGCAUAAACCAAAUUGCUCUGCAACACGACAUCAACUCAACCAUAAACCCGCCAUAAGACCAAAGAGGCCCAUCCUAAGAUGCUCUUGGAGAGUUGUUUUUAAAUUUCUCUUAAAACUUGUUGUACUUCCCAAGUUGUCCUCAAGGCGAAUUGCUCUCUCCUUGUAGAAUUCUUCAAGUGCACGAUAAAACGAUAAUAAAUUUGUCAGUGAUGUUGCUGAUGCAGCUUUGAUG